AUGGAGCGCCCGUCCAAAAGAGUACGCGUCUCGUCAGAUUCAACGAGAGAAACUCAGGGCCGACCGAGAAGAACCGAGACGCCCUUGAAUUCGCUGAACAGGUCCAUCUCUCCACCUCUGCGUUCCCAGCCAACCCAGGUAACAGACUCGGAUCUCGCAUGUCCAGAACUGGUCAAUGACAAGCCAGCGACUGGAGACCAGAGACUCGAUACCACACGCCGUGCUGGUUCUCCGCGUUACAUCCCUUCUCCAGUCCAACUCACUCACAUCGCGGAUUACCCAGCCUCAAAGGGGUACAAUGUCAACGCCGUGAAACUACGUGAUAUCCUCGGGGACCCCAUGAUCCGCGAAUGCUGGCAGUUCAAUUAUAUGUUCGAUGUGGAUUUCUUGAUGAACCAGUUUGAUGAAGAUGUCCGAAGACUGGUAACUGUGAAAGUGGUGCAUGGAUCGUGGAAAAAGGAGUCACCCAAUCGAAUCAUGAUCGAUGAAGCAUGCUCUCGCCAUCCCAAUGUUGAACCUAUCAUUGCUUACAUGCCGGAUCCCUUUGGGACUCAUCAUUCAAAGAUGAUGAUUCUCCUUCGCCAUGAUGAUCUAGCUCAAGUGAUCAUACAUACAGCCAAUAUGAUUCCGGGUGACUGGGCGAACAUGACACAAGCAGUAUGGCGAUCCCCAUUACUUCCUCUACAGAGGCAAGGAGAUCCAUCCUCGGCUCCGACGCAGACCGGCACUGGUACUGGUGCUCGCUUCAAGAGAGAUAUUCUCGCGUACUUGAAGGCGUAUGGCCCUAAGAAAACCGGUCCACUGGUGCAGCAGCUACAGAGCUAUGAUUUCAAAGCAGUUCGGGCAGCCCUCGUUGCAAGUAUACCAUCCAGGCAAAAGCCCAGCGAACUGGAUUCAGAACAAUCCACUCUUUGGGGCUGGCCGGCUCUGAAAGAUCUCAUGGGGCGAGUGCCCAUUCACAAACAGUCAACCGAUAAUAGUGAAAGUGGGAAACCUCAUAUUGUCACGCAGGUCUCCUCAGUGGCCACCCUUGGCCAAACAGACAAGUGGUUGAAAAAUGUAUUUUUCAAAGCACUUGCAUCGACAUCACCGAGCCCCGUCCCAAAAUACUCCAUUAUCUUCCCAACGCCUGACGAAAUCCGCCGCUCACUCAACGGCUACUCUUCCGGAGGUUCGAUCCACAUGAAAACGCAAAGCGCGCCACAGACCAAGCAACUACAGUAUAUGCGCCCUUAUCUCUGCCAUUGGGCUGGUGACAGUUCGUCCGACUCAGACACUUCCAAAGACAACCCCCUCAAACAAGACGCUGGGCGCGGUCGUGCUGCACCUCAUAUCAAGACUUAUAUUCGAUUCUCAAACGCGGAAACGAUGGAUAGCAUUGACUGGGCAAUGGUGACAUCUGCAAAUCUAUCUACACAAGCAUGGGGCGCAGCGACAAAUGCGUACGGCGAAGUGAGAAUCCAAAGUUUCGAGAUUGGCGUUGUUGUUUGGCCUGAGCUCUUUGCUGAUGAUUCGGAUUCUGUUGCCGGGGGUUUAACAUCAUCCACAUCGACUGGAAUGUCUGCUAGGAUGACACCGUGUUUCCAACGUGACCUGCCAACUGCGCCUACAGGGAAUCCCGGACAUCACAAUCUACAGACAGUGGUGGGAUUCCGUAUGCCCUACGACCUUCCGCUGACGCCAUAUCGCGCCUCUGAUGAACCAUGGUGUGCAACUGCGUCUCACAGUACGCCUGACUGGAGAGGCAUGACCUGGUAG